AUGGCGACUGGCAAGUUCAACCUCGCGAACAUCUCCGACACAGACGUCGUCAGUCUUGAAGAAAAGCAGACCCCUCAACAGACCGUGCGACCUCUUAAAAGGACAGAAGUUUGGGCAUGGUACAUCCAAAGUUCAACCUUCUGUGGGUACGGAUGGAUUUCAGCAUUCAUGUUGGUCCCAGUACUAAUCCAGGACAUGGCCUCAAAGUACGGCGUUGAAGUCUCUGACCACUCGAUCCCAUGCGACACCACGGUCGCGGCCUUCAAGUGUGUGACCAAUGUCUUUGGAUACUAUGUCGACCCGGGUGCCUUCUCCCUCUACAUCUCUUCCCUGGGCUCUAUUCUGUCCUUCUUUGUCUCUCUCUCCAUCUCUGCAGUGGCAGAUCAUGGCUUACUAUCACCCAUCGGCUGGAUCUGCUACAACAUCUGUAGUGUCUUUGCACACUCCUUCUUACCCGUCUAUGGACGAGUUCACCCAGACGUCCUUGAAGCAGUCGCUCGUGGGGAGAGCAAGAGCGUUAUCAGGAAACUGGAAGAACAGGUCAUCAAUGAUAUCUCGGCGUUUGGAUUCACCUUUGCCAAUCUCGGGACGAUCUUGAUCUAUGGAGUCUGUAUUGGAUUGUCGAUUCUUCUGCAUGGGAGUUAUAUGAGUCUGGAGAUUGCGAUUGCGUUUACAGGAGUAUGGUGGUUGAUGUGGAUAGUGAUCGCUGCGCCUUGGUUGGAUGCUCGGCCGGGCCCUCCUAUGCCCAAGGGACAGAACUGGGUUGUCUACAGCUGGAAAAAGACUUUCAAGACGGUAGCAGCUGUCCGUAAACUACCUGAGAUCUUCAAGUUCAUCGUCGCCUGGUUCAUCCUCUCCGACGGGAUUAACACCAUCACCGCGAUCCUCUUCGUCAUCCUCUACCGAGACCUCGCCUUCUCCCAUUUAUCAUCCCUCUACGUCUCCGCCCUCCUUGCCCUUACCGCCUGCACAGGCUCUUAUGUAUUCAUGCUGAUCCGCAGGAUGUGGAAACUGAGUACCAUGACCAUGAACAUGAUCUGUCUUGCACUUUAUAUCGUUGAGCUGGUCUACUUGGUGGGCGCGCCUUAUUUCACGACGAGCUUUGGGUUGAGGAAUGUCUGGGAGGGGUGGUUCUUUAUGGGGUACAAUGGGUUUAUUAUUAGUACCUUUUUCGGAUCUUCAAGAGUGAUGCUUUCGGAGUUGUGUCCUCCUGGCGAUGAGAGUGAGUGGUUCUCCCUCUACCUCUUGGCUGACAAAGGGUCAUCCUGGGUGGGUCCAUUUAUCUCAGGAGCGAUCUUCACGGUGACGGGCGAUUAUCGGAGAGCAUUCUGGUUCCCCUUGGCAUUGACGGUAGCAGGAACAGGGCUUCUGGGGAUGAUCAACAUGGACCGUGGGAAGGACCAGGCAGAACAGUUUGCACUCGAAAGGGAUGCUGCCUCUCCACAAGAACAUUAG